CUUAAGUAGGAGCAGACUUUAUCACGCUCCUUCUUUCUAGUGGUGGUCCCUUCUAUCACCUCUAUCCUCCCAGAUCAUAUCCAGCUUUACAGAUGGAGGGAGCAACACAAAGGGAGCCAUAAAGCUAAGAAUUAAUUCAUUAUUCUGAAGAGACCUGGCAUAUUCCCUCCACAAGUGGUAACAGAAGUAAAGAGGAAGUAGACAUUUCACGGUAACAUACAUCAGAUCCACCAAAGCCAAUACCAUCUCUGGCUGCUGUUGCUGUUGGCCCAAAAUGCUGUUGACACUAGGACUUCUCCUCCUUCUCACCCCAUUCCCCUCCUUUCAAACCCCAACCAAUGAGGGGAGACACUCAACAGGAAGUGAAGCAUCCAAACCAAAUGCCGUAUUCACCCUUUCAAAGCCAAAAACCACUGCGGCUCUCACUAGACAAACCAUUCGCCCAACCCUAAAGCCAAACACAGUCAAUCAGACUAUUUCGACCCCUCAAGCUGCAAAAAGCAAGCCCAGCCCAGCAGUAAUUCAAACCACUCCAUCAGCAUCAGUAAAGGCCACUAUAGUCAGUGACACCAAUACAAUUUCAGAAAAGCACACAGUCUCUGUCAAUCAAACCGCUUUAGCUAAGGCUACCAAAGACAAGCUUGCAUCAGCCAGCAGUGCUAAAACCCCAAAAGAGAAAGUCCAACCUGCACCAACUGGAGUUCAAAAUGUUCAGUCAACAUCCACAAAAUCGGCUCUUGCCCGUGGAGCUACUACCACCAAAAACAAGCCCACAGCCUCUGUCAAUCUGUCUGCUGUAGCUAAAUCCUCCUCCACCAGUGACGCCAAGAACCCAAAAAGCAAGCCUGAUAAGGCAACACCCUCUGCCAAUCAGACUGCUGUAGUUAAACCUCCCACCUCCACUGCCACUAAAGAAAAGCCAGCCCCUUCCCAACCAAUCAAGGUGGUCAUAAGCGAUGGCUGUGAGUCUAGCAAAGCCAAGGAGCAGGAGCUGAAGCUGAAGCCUGGUGCUCCAUUGGUGAUGACUCAUAAAAUCAGCUUGUUGCCUGGCGGCUGCGUCGGGGGAUGUGAUGCUGAGAUGGCUGCGCUGAAAGGACGUGUGGCGCGACUGGAAAUGGAGAUGUCCUCCCUCAAGGACAAAUGUCCAUGUUCUGGAAAUUGUCCACGUGACUGUAGUGGCAACGGGGAAUGUCAGAAGGGGAAAUGUGUUUGCCAACAGGGAUUCAUGGGUCCGGACUGUAGUAAAUGUGCACAAGGGGCUGAGUGUAAUAAAAAGACUGCUAAAGGAAAUGUCAAGGUAAAAGUGGAAACAGUGACCCUGCAGCUGAGCAAAGACAAGGAAAACAUGCAAGAAAAACACACACAUGUGGAGCAGACACUUUUCCAGAAGAAGGACCAAAAAAAGGGGUCUGACACUAAGGUGACUGACACCAAACCUAAAGUGGCUACUGGUGCUAAAGCAAAACAUGAAUCUUCUGUUAAGAAAAUUACCAUUACCAAAGACUCAACUUCAACUGGCACAAGAGCUAGUCGCCCAACAGUUGGUCAAGUUCUGCUGAAACAUGAGGGAAGAAAGCAAGAAGAGGCCCGCAAAGGAAAAACAAUAGUCCUGACCUCGAAAAAGGUCCUUCAAAGAACUGACCUCAAGGUUGUUAAAGAAGGAACUACCAGUAAAACACAUCCCAAAUCUGACCAACUAAAAGACCAACCUCAUGCCAAUGUAACUGCUGGUAAUGUUAGGAAAUCUAAUGGCACAGCCAAAAUUGUCACCAUUCUGACCAAAGUUGCAGGAACAAACAAAACACGAGCAGAGAAGGAGACCUUGGAGCAGUCAACACUUACUGAGAAGAAUGCUACUAAAUCAUCUGGGCACAAACGCAUCAAGGUAGAAACUUCAAAUGUGCAAUCUGUUGACAACAGAAACACUGACAACAGCAAGAUUGUAAAGGACAAAGGUGCACAGAGGAGUCAGUACUUAGUGAAUGCAACAACAGCAGGUGAAGCUCAGAUUCUUCAGGACAAAACGACUAGCCACAGUUCCGGGAGCGCAAGGAGAAUAGGAGGAUCUGGAUUAGGUUCUGUAAAGGUUGUAAACAUCUCCUCCUACAGCUUUACAAUUACUUGGUCUGCACCCCAAGGGAUGUUCAAGAACUUUACCGUGGUCAGAAGGGAGCCAAGGGCAGAUGGUGAGGAAGAGGACCAUGAUGAGUUUGAAGGAGAAUCUUUUGAAAGGGAAAAGGUCUCCACAGCCAAGAACACAACUGAAGUCCAGGUACAGAGUGAGAGCCUUAACUCAACUGCUGCCUCUGGUACAGCCGCUGGAUCCAAAAGCAAAUCUGAAACCAAGAGGAUUUCUAUGGUUGUCCCUGGCAAUGUACGCUCAGUGGAGUUCAGUAACCUUCGUGCAAACACAGGCUAUGUCCUGCAAGUAUAUGGUACAACAGCUGAGAGACAAUCAAAGAUUCACAGAGCAACUGCAAUCACAGGUCCCGAGCCAGCCACAGAGAUUGUUUUCAGCAAUGUCACUGAGUCUUCUUUCACUGUUUCCUGGUCCAAACCAAAGACCACAUUCUCAGGCUUCAAGGUCACAUACACCAACAUUGUCACAGGGGAAAGCAGCUUUGUGACCGUGGACUCCCAGCAAUCUUAUGUGGUUCUGUCCAAGUUAUCUGCUGGAUCCUCGUUCAUCAUCACUGUAACAACCACACACGGCAGAUUGCAGAGUGACGGCCUUACAUCCAUUAUGACCACAGUGCCCGCCCCUCCAACACAUCUGCAAGUGGUCAAUGUGACAGAUACCAGAGCUUUGCUUCAAUGGAAACCCAGUCUGGGGAAAGUGGACCGCUUCAUUAUCAGCUAUGAGUCCUCGAAGACUCCUAACGUGACAGUGACAGUGAUGCUAUCUGGAAACUCAGUGGCGCACCAGCUGAGAGGCCUGCAGAGAGGUACCCUGUACACAGUCAAAGUCCUGAGCCAGAAGGACAGUCUCCAGAGCAUGGCCAUCUCAACUUCAUUUACUACGGCCAAUGUGGUUAAAGCUAACGAGGUGGGUGCUCGCUCUGCAGUGAUAACAUGGAGGACAACCACUAUUGUUUAUCACAGCUACAGACUGAUCUACCAGGUGGCAGGAGAGGAGACAAAGGAGUUGACCCUGGACUCUUCUAUCACGGAGUAUAAGUUUACAGGACUGUUGCCAAUGUCCCGUUAUAUUGUUCUGGUACAAGGCGAGAGAGAUGGACAAUACACAUCUGUUGUCACCACAGAAUUUCUUACAGGAAAACUGCGCUUUCCCUUCCCUACUGAGUGCUCUCAGGAGCUGCUGAACGGGGCUCUGCAGUCAGGAGAGGUAGAUAUCUACCCACAAGGAAAAGAAGGACGGGCAGUGAGAGUCUACUGUGACAUGGAGGCUGAUGGAGGUGGCUGGACGGUGUUCCAAAGGAGGAUGAAUGGAAAGACAGAUUUCUACAGAACAUGGAGUGAAUACAGCGCAGGCUUCGGAAACCUUAGCGAAGAGUUCUGGCUCGGAAACGAGCUUCUCCACAACCUCACCAGUGUCGGCCCUGUGAGUCUGAGAGUGGAUAUGCGUUCAGGAAAUGAUACUGCUUACGCUCAUUACGCCAACUUCUCCAUCGACUCAGCAGAGAGGCACUAUAGUCUUGAGGUGUCAGGCUAUACCGGAACUGCAGGGGACUCUAUGAGGUACCAUAAUGGCCGUCCAUUCUCGACCCGGGACAAGGAUCCCGAUCCUCUGGGGAUCCACUGUGCCAGGGCUUACAUUGGAGGCUGGUGGUACAAAAACUGCUACAAGACCAACCUCAAUGGUCUUUAUGGGAUCAACAGUAAUAAUCAGGGAAUAGUCUGGAUAGACUGGAAAGGUAAAGACUCAUCCAUUCCCUUCACUGAGAUGAAGUUCAGACCGUCCAGGUUCUCUCCUGCAACUCAUGGCUGAGAAAACAUCAUCCUAAGUCAUUGGGUUCUCCGUCCUGAAAAACCUAACAUCUGACAGCUUGAGGAGUCCAGAAGUCAGCGGAUCUCAUGGUUGCUGCAUGUAACUUUCAAACUGAAAUAGAUUGUACGGUGGUUUUGACAGCUGUAUUCGCAGCUUUCAGUACAUUUGAUUCAAUGCGAAAGUUUCUUUUAUUUUCUGGAAAUGUACCAAAAAGUGAAAAAAAAUGUUUUAUUGCAACUUUUGUAUACUUUUCUACUGUUUUGCCUGACCCGUCCAUUAAAAAAACUAAAACAUUCUGACUCUUACGUUCUUGUGCAUCACCUUGGUAAGCCAACCCACUACUACUGUAAUAAAAUAUGCACUGUCUCACUUCAUUGGAAUAAACGUGGCUAAUAUGG